AAGUAAUCCAAGCUACAACAAACACAACAAAUACUACUACUAAUGAUGAGAGUUUUAAAGCCCCAUCAUUCACGACCAGAACCCUAUGGUCUAUCAUCUCCAGCUCGGUUCUCACUCUUUUCGCAUGCAUAUACAGUGCCAUCCACCCCAAUAUCCCAAGUCCUAAGAACAGCAGCUGGUAUCGCAUUCUAUGGCGACAAUUUGGAAUCAUGAUAAUGGCGCUAAUCGCUCCUGAGCUGAUUGUUACAUGGGCUAUGCGCCAGUGGUUCAGCGCUCAUCAAGUCACCAGACAGUUCAAGGAAUCAGGGUAUCCCAAUGUUCGUCCGGAGUCUGAAGAAAGUGAGUUUAUUGAAGCACCUAGAACUGCGAAUCCCUUCCUUCGCCUCUCUCUGCACUUGACUGAGGCUUUCGUUCGCCUCUCUGUCCUGCUUGUUACAGGCGUGCCGGUGUCUCUUUGGCAUUUCCUUUGUGCUCUCGUGAGGUGGGUUGUAAGGCGGAUUCAGUCAGAGCAAUCCGAGUCCGACUCGGAAGAUUUUACGUGGACUCGGACGCACAGCUUCUUUGUGCUUAUGGGUGGUUUUAUGCUUUAUGUGAACGAUGAACCCUACCGCACGCUACAACCUAAGCACAUCCUCAAACUGAUACAUGACAAGUGUAUCAAAGUCCCUACCCUAACAGCAAACCAGAUUCAUGACAAAAGCAAAGGCAAUGCGAUAUCGAAAGGAUUGGUCAUGCUUCAGGUGGCCUGGUUCGUUAUGCAGCUCAUCACCCGCGCUAUCUAUCGCCUCGAAACCACUCAGCUCGAAGUGGGAACACUCGCUUUUGCGGUUCUUAAUUUCCUAACUUAUGCUGUGUGGUGGAACAAGCCUCUCGAUGUGCGAUGUCCACAUCCAGUGUACUGGAAGUCGAGCGAGUCAAGGCCAGAGGAUCACAUUGAUGUCAGCGACAGAGAUGAAUUCGCUCGGCUUCGAUACUUGCCUCGAGCCUUCAGCCCAAUUAUAGAACUGAUAGGCUGGGCUGAUAUUCCCACAUCUCGAAAACUUCAAGUUCCAACAUUUGAUGGCAGCAUUGAACUCAACGUUUCGGACAAAACGAUUCUUCAGCAAGCUGCAUUGAUUAUGGCAAUCAUAUUCGGCGGCAUCCACUGUAUGGCUUGGUUUUUUGCGUUCCCAACAUACGAGGAACAGGUGCUAUGGCGCAUAAGUGCCGUCGUUACAACUUGCACACCCUGCCUUUGUUUGAGUGCCUACUUAAACUCGGAAAUAAUUUAUCUAGUACGGCGCCUACCCGAUUCAGAAAGGCACAUCAUAUGGGGUGUAUAUCUUAUGACUUGCUGCGCACUUGUCACGUUGUACAUCACAGCUCGUGUCGUGCUCUUGGUACUUAUGUUCACCACUUUACGCAAUCUUCCUCCUGAUGCAUACAAGGUGGUGUCAUGGACUAGUCUGGUGCCGCACUUAUAAUUCUUGAUUAUGGAAUACUUUUCUAAUGAUAUUCAGAUGGCAGCAAAUAUCCUUGUGGUUGACGCGGACU